AUGUCGACCAGCGACACUUCAACCGGCCAGUCGUACCUCGAAAAGGCCACAGGCGCCAUUCAAAGCACAAUUGGCUCUCUGACUGGCAGCACCGCCGAUAAGGCCCAAGGCGAAAACCGCAAGACAGCCGCCGACGCCAAAAACGACCUGUCACACACCACCGCCAAAGCUGGUCCCUUCUCCGUCAGCGCCGAAGGCGGCGUCGCGAAGGACGAUCCCGACCGCACGAGCGGCGCAUGGAACCAAAACAUGGGCGCCGCCAAAGAAGCAGUCGGCGGGUUCCUAGGCGCAGAAGGCCUCAAGCAAGAAGGCAUCCGCCAGAACAAAGAGGGAAAAGGCCAGGAGGCCGCCGGCCAAGUUAACGAUCUCGGAAAGGGAAUUGGAGACCGUGUUGGAGGCAAUAUCGGGGCUGCUGUUGCGGGACUCACGGGAAAUGAAGCGCAGAAGGAGGAGGCGAGACGGCAGCAUGACGAUGGGAAGGCGAGGCAGAGGGGCGUCGAGGCGGAUUUGCAAAAGGAGGUUGAGGCGGAGAAGGCGUGA